GGUGGGGCCCGCGCUGCCAUGGGGCUUCUUACAGAGAAAGGGGAAACAUGGAGCCUUCUCUGUCCACUGCAUCCCCCCAGCAGCAGAAGGGAUUAUACUUUCUCCUUCCCCCCUGGUGCAGAGCCCCCCAGUGCCCAUGAGGACGAGAAAGAGGAAGAGGAGGAGGAGGAAGAUGUGUCCCUGGAACAAGACAUCAUAACAGAGAUCCAUCAGUAUCUCCAGGGCAGAGAUAAGCUGAUGGGGAACAGGGCCCAUCAGCUCCGCUUCCUCGACGCUGUGCUGAGUCUGUGUGUCUUGGCACAGCAGCAGGGGUGGGACACCCUGGAGCUCUAUAUUUCCAAAGCGGCCCUUGUGGAGAGCAUUGUGGAGCUGAUUGAAAUUCUCCCUGUGGUGUCAGAGCCGAGCUCCAUCAUUUCCAGCUCCAUGGACGUGGUUUGCAGCCUCAGCAAACUGAAGCCACCACUGUCCCUGGAGCUGGAAUCUCGCCUCCUGAGCGCGCUUCUGCAUCAAAUCUUCACCAUGGGCACUGGGAACGACACCCCCCACUUCCAGGCUCUCCACAAGAGCUAUUUGCAGAGCCUGGACAGCAUGCUCAGGGGCCUGCUGAGCGAGACCCCCAGCUUGGAGAAGCUGCAGCACCUCUUGGAGGGGUUCAGGGCAAACGGACCAGCCCUAAGACUGACCAUUGUCCCAGCCUGGAGAGACGAUGAGCUUGUGCUCAGCAAGACGUGGGCAGUGUCAUGGACCCCCUUUUCAAGCUCUGCGACCAGGGGUCAGCUGUUCCACCCUGAGCGCAAGGUGUAA